AUGACAGAGAACAACGUGCACGAGUUCCUCGCAGCGCUGCCCAAAUGCGAGCACCACAUGCACCUGGAGGGCUCGCUCAGCCCGGAGCUGCUCUUCCAGCUCUCGGAGCGCAACAAGAUCGCCCUCCCCGCUGUCUCUGAGGACCCGGCGUUCGCGUCCCCGGCGGCCCUGUACGAGCGCUACGCCAGGUUCUCGUCCCUGGACGACUUCCUGCACUACUACUACAUCGGGUUCACGGUGCUGAUCAAGGAGUCCGACUUCGAGGACCUCGCCUACGCCUACUUCGAGAAGGCGGCGGCCCAGGGGGUGCGGCACGCCGAGGUCUUCUUCGACCCGCAGGUGCACGUCAACCGGGGCGUGGCGUACGAGACGGUGGUGGGCGGCUUCACCAAGGCGCGGAGGCGCGCCGGAGGAGCUCGGCGUCUCGAGCCUGCUGAUCCCACCAUGCGCGACGCGGGACACUUCCGCGACGGCACCCUGGCGGGCAUGGGCCUGUGCUCGACCGAGAAGGACAGCCCGCCCAAGAUGUGGAAGGAGGCGUUCGACCUGGCGAAAAAGGAGGGCGUCCGGCUAACUGCGCAUGCGGGCGAGGAGGGUCCCGCAGCGUAUGUUACUGAGGCGCUGGACGAGCUGAGCGUGUCGCGGAUCGACCACGGCGUGAACGCGAGGCACGACGAGGCCGUGAUGGAGAGGCUGGCGAGGGAGAGGGUACUGCUGAGCGUGUGCCCGAUGUCCAACGUGGUGCUCAGGGGCGUCACCAAGAUCAGCGAGGUGCCGAUCCGGACGUUCCUGGACAAGGGCGUGCGAUUCAGCAUCUCGAGCGACGACCCGGCGUACUUUGGAGGGUAUAUCCUGGACAACUACUACGCCGUGCAGGAGGCUUUCAACCUCAGCGUGGACGAGUGGAACACGAUUGCGGUGAACGCGGUCGAGGGGAGCUGGUGCGGCCAGACGCGGAAGUCCGAGAUCCUGUGGGAAAUCGAGAAGCUUGUUGCAGAGACUAAGGGCAAGGAGGCCGCGUAG